AGAAGAGACGAUCUUUGCUCUCCGAGGUAGUUGCCAAAGUUGUCGGGGCAGGACGCGAGCACCGCUGCGGAUUACACCGGCCAGGGAAGAGCAGGAGAGACGGGCCGACCGGACGCGCGCACCGAAGCAGUUUCCUGACGGUGGUCGGUACACCGGAAAGUUUUUUUUUCCACGGGCGGGGUGUAUUUUCACACCUCGACCCCCCCCCAGGGGGAGCGCGUCUCGGUUGUCGGCGUUACCCCUCGCAGUGUCCCGCCCCAGGGGAGAAGGAAACAAUGCCGAUAGAGGUCUUCCUUAGGCGGUGAGCCGCCCUCCGGACAGUCCGAGGCGUCAUGGCGGAACUGCCUAUAGCCCCGGGCGAGGUCUACAUCGAGGUGGAGUACGACUAUGAGUACGAGUUCAAGGGGCGCUUGGUCGUCAUCCAGCAGGGGGAGUGCUACAUGCUGGUGAAGAAAGCUAACGAAGACUGGUGGCAGGUGAAGAAGGAGGAAGGGACCAAAUCCUUCUACGUGCCCGCGCGCUACGUCCGAGAAGUGCGCAAAGCCCUCAUGCCGCCUCCGAAACCUCUCCAGCAUCCUCCCCCCGCCGCCGCCGCCGCCACCACCGGCCACACGCCUCCGCGCGCUGUGGGGGCGCUGUGGGUGAAGCCCACCACUCUGGAGCUGGCGCCCCACGGCCCGUCCACCGAGAACCUUCACCGGCACGAGUCCGGCUCCCGGCGCUCGCCCUCCGCGCACACCGCCUCCUCGGGGCAUUUCAGUCCGCCCCGUCAGCGCCGGGGCAGCGACCUCCACCAACCCCACCCCCCCGGAUCCCCCACCGACCACGAGCGGCCUCUGCCGGACGUCCUCGGCGGAGCGCCGCAGCCCCCUCCGAAAGGCGGCCACGGCAGUCUCCCGCUCAGCCGAGCUCGAUCCCCGGACCUGGGCCGGGCCCCUCUGGACGCCGACGCCGCCCGGCACUGUGACUCCGCGGGCGAAGAGAGACGCACCAACGACUCCGAGUCGGGGGACGAACUGAGCAGCAGCUCCACGGAACCCCCCCAGACGGUGUCCUCCCGCCGCUCCGAGUCGCCCGUCUACGCCAACCUCCAGGAGCUGAAGAUCUCCGGGAGCCACGUGCCCCCUUUCCCCUCCGGCUCCUCGCUCAACGUGAUGGGCGACUGGGAGACCUUCAAGGACCAGAGCGGCAGGUACUUCUACUACAACCGCUCCACCCAGGAGAGGACCUGGAAGCCCCCGCGAGUCAAGGACACGAGCGCCGGCAGCUCCAGGGGGGAGAGCCAGAGCGCAGGGGAGAGCUCCGAGACCACCCCUCUCUCGCUCUCGCCCUCUUUCUUCCCUUUCCUCUCGCUCUCCAUUGGUCGCCUCCAGCCGCCGUCGUCGUCGUCGGAGGACGCCUGCUUCAGCGCCUGCUCCAGCCAGUCGGACAGUCAGUACGGCUCGCCGCCGCGCGGCUGGUCGGAGGAGAUGGACGAGCGCGGCCACACGCUGUACGUCAGCGAGCACACCAACGAGAAGUGGUUAAAACACGUGGACGAGCAGGGACGGUCGUACUACUACAGCGCCGACGGCUCCAGGUCAGAAUGGGAGCUGCCGAAGUACAACCACUCCCCCCCCCAGCCGCCUGGAGACGCUCUAAAGAGCUACAGUCUGGACAGGAAGCGCGUCGACCCCAUCGUCCUCACCAAGUUGAGGCACAGCACCUACCUGCCGGACGCCAACGACAAGGACGCUCCUCCGAGCCCCAAGCCCACCUCCCCCGACUCUGACUGCUGCCCUCCGUCUCCCCCCGCCUCCCCGUCAGAAAAAAGCAGCGACCUGAAUGUGACCAAGAUCACCGAGCACGGCAAGAAAGUACGGAAGAACUGGGCGUCCUCCUGGACCGUGCUGCGGGGAUCCACGCUGAUAUUUGCCAAAGGCCAAGGAGGCGGGACCAGCUGGUUCGGGGGCGGUCAGUCGCUGCCAGAGUUCACGGUGGAUCUGCGGGGCGGCUCGGUGGAGUGGGCCUCCAAGGACAAGUCCAGCAAGAAGCACGUGCUGGAGGUGAAGACUCGUCAGGGCACGGAGCUGCUGAUCCAGUCUGACAACGACAGCUUGAUCAACGAGUGGCACCAGAAGCUGCAGGAAACCAUCAGCACGCACGCCUGGGAGUCGGACGAGGCCAUCGAGGAGGACAUGCCCGAGUCGCCCGUGGCAGAGAAACCGCCUCCGCAAGAACUCAGGGACUCAAAGAAAGGCCGAGGCGUGAAGAUCUCCUCCAGCAUGGACACCUCCGACAACAAGAAGACCCGACACAAGCUGAAGAAGUUCCUGACCCGCCGUCCCACGCUGCAGGCCGUCAGGGACAAGGGUUACAUCCAAGACCAGGUCUUCGGCUGCAGCCUGUCCAGCUUGUGCCUCAGGGAGAGCGGCACGGUGCCGACCUUCGUCCGGAUGUGCAUCGACCACGUGGAGAACAACGCGCUGUCUGUAGACGGGCUGUACAGAGUCAGCGGGAACCUGGCGAUCAUACAGAAGCUACGCUUUGUGGUCAACCACGAUGAGAAGGUGAACCUGAACGACGAGAAGUGGGAGGACAUCCACGUGACCACCGGAGCUCUAAAGAUGUACUUCAGGGAGCUGCCGGAGCCGCUCUUCACCUACACCUUCUUCCACGACUUUGUCGGCGCCAUCAAGAUUUCAGACUACAAGCAGCGAGUUCAGUCCAUCAAGGAUCUGGUCCGACAGCUUCCCAAACCAAACCACGACACCAUGCAGGCGCUCUUCAAACACCUCAGGAGGGUGAUCGAGUACGGCGAGGAGAACCGCAUGACCACCCAGAGCGUGGCCAUCGUGUUCGGCCCCACGCUGCUGAGGCCCGAGACGGAGACCUGGAACAUCGCGGUCCACAUGGUCUACCAGAACCAGAUCGUGGAGCUGAUUCUGCUCGAGUACGAGAACAUUUUCUGCAGGUAGAAAGAGACGCCUGGAUGAGCCGCUCUCUCUCGCUCUCUUUCUCUCUCUCUCUCUCUCUCUCUCUUCCAUCAGAGCCGGGUUUGGCCCGGCCUGGAUUGGCUCGGCUUAGCUUCUUUUCAUCUCAAUCCAUCCUGCGGGGGCCGAAGCCACGCCGAUACGUCACCAAACCAAAACACGGCUGUAACGAACUAGCGACCAAAACAAAAAACAAAAAAACCUUUUGCACUUUCCAGUGUGUCGUGUUUCUCCUGCAGCUGCAUUGGUGCCACUUCACUGCAGAAAGGUGACGUCCUGCUGUCGCGACACUGGAUUCUUAAAGUAGCACGCGGGCCCAACGGGCCUCUGCUGCUGACCGACCGAGACCAAAGCUAAAGGAGGGGCCCUCGGGGCCCUCAGGGGCCCUCAUGCACUGUACUGUACAACCCCCACCGUCACUCCCGUGCACCACACUGGAAACGUCUCUAUGCGUUUGGCUUGAGACGUUCAGACGCUAUGAGGAGGAGAAGGGAGGAUUUCUGAGUGGCUUCAAAGUGUUUUCUUUCGUUCCUUUUCCUUCCUGUAACCCUGACGCACUGGACCGGGUCCUCUGAACACAUCAGAGGUCAUCUCUCUGUAACAUACGUCUGCAGGUCUCCUUUAAGCUUUAAGAACAAAUCAUCUUCUAGUCAGAAGUUUAUAAUAAAUAAAAAAAGGUACUCAAGUGUCUUUCCUCGACCCCUGGAUAUUAAACGUUGGGUUGAUGAAUCUGUACAGUGUUUUAGGUGUGUGGAUGAGGGCGCGGCGGAUGGAUGGAUGAAUGAAUGAAUGGAAUCAAUGACCGUUUAUUGUACAAAUAGUAAAUAUAAGUAUGUACGCCUGGAAUGUGGAAUAUAUGACACAGGGGAGGAAUCUCUAUUGUGUGAUCGUUGUGUGACGAACAGAUGAGGGGCGACGUUAUGAACUCAGGUUCACCGGCGUGUCGGGUGGACAGAAUGUUGUUGAAUGUAAAUCUCGCGAGUAACUGUUGGGCUUUAACUAACUGGAAUAAAGAGCUCUAUUAAGAGGUAUUUCCAAAGGA